AUGUCAUUCUGUAGCUUUGCUUCUCUUCUUGGGGGGGCUUGUGGUGCAAGUUCUGAAAAUCCAAACGUGGCUGACUUUGUCGAAUUGAAAGACUGUACUAGGGAUGUUACAGCUCACCUGAAGUGUUGUAACAUUUUGACGGAUGUUGAAAGCGUCAACAACGAAAGGAAAUUAUUACUCACACGGGCAGGUUAGUAAAGAUCAUUUUGAUUUACAAUUUUCGAUUACGACAUGAAUACAUACCCACUAUUCACUUCUACAGCAUUAAUUUACUAAUUAAGUUUUCUUUACCAGGGAUUUUCAUCGCACAGGAAUGUCAGUUGCAUAUGACGGUAUGCCCUAAACACAGAGACGCGUACGGUACUCGCUGGCGAACAGGCAAGACUAGAUGUUGCGUUCCAGCAGAAGUAGCGGGUCACAAGUCGACAACCUGUCGAGGUGAUCGUGGAAUUGACAGAAAACAAUCUUGUUUUGUUUUUAAAGAAACUGGAAUGCUCGUCCCAGUUGGGUCGCGU